AUGGAGCCUUACACUUCGCGGAUCGAGGUCAAGCCGUUGGAAGCCCCGCAAAGAAGUGAAAAGGGGCCUUCUUUCAUACCGCCAGACUACAGUGGUGCGGCGUUAAUUGGGGUUAGUGCAGACCAAGACCCUUAUCUUGUACAGUUCUACAAACGUGGUCCAGAUAACGUUUCACGCUUUGUUGACCAGGGCAUCCAUCUCGUGGAGAAGUCGGCUGAUCCCUACAAAUCCGCAGCUACGCCAGUAGCGUUUAGUGUCUUCAGAAAACCACAGGCCUCUGCGCAGUCGAAAUACUUGACCCUCGACAAGUCUCGCGUUGAUCUGGCCGUUGAUCCAUACCGCGAACGCCUGCUGGCUCUCUACUUCAAGUUCAUCGACUGGACGUACCCGGCGGUUGAUAAGCAUACGUUUUAUCAGAACUAUUAUUUCAAAAAAGACCAAAUGCACACUGGGUUACUCUCCGGUAUGCUGGCGAUUGCGUGUAUUUAUUGGAAGUAUGACAGCCAGCUCUGCGUCAAGCAGAUGCCCAAGGCGCUGGCCGCCCAGCUCUGGGAGCAAUGUGCCCUUUGUAUUGAUGGGGACAUUCUUGCGCCAACUCUGGAGACUGUUCAAGCGCUUUUAUUGUACCUGCAAAGAAGACUGGCCCGCGGUGACACAAACGAACAGCACGCUCAAGCCGUAUGGCUCGGCAAGCUGGUGGCUGUUGCCCAUUCGCUCGGCCUGCAUCUCGACUGUACAAACUGGGCAGUUAGCGAUCAUGAGAAACAGGUUCGCCGUCGUCUCUGGGCACUCACUGUUUUCAACGACAAACUCAUGUCUCUGGUCCUCGGCCGGCCAAGCUUGUUGCAUCCAUCACGAUCGUCUGCUCGCCCGUUCGACAGCAUACACCCACAAGAGCAGCUCUUUGUACAGCUGUGCAAACUUACUCAAAUUGUGAGCGGGGUUAUCGAUGAUCUUUACAGCCCCGAGCGGCGGUACGACCCCAAUUAUGAUUCGUCCUCUCUGGAAGUUGUCAGGACGGUGGAGUCUUACUUGCAAGCUCUAGACACUUGGAACUCGCAGCUUCCUCAUGAUAUGUCGACGAUGCAGGGCCAGCCAGACGGUUAUUGCCGAAAUGGUGUACUGCAUCUACUGGCGCUCACCGUCGAAGUUGACUUAUGGCGGGUUCUUCUUGUACCGUCGAAUAUGAACCAUCCUGAUUUCGGGUAUUGGCGAACAGGUGCUCGCAGCACCAUUCAAAAAAUCAUUGUAUAUACCAGUGAGAUCACUUACAGCCACUUGCAUGCCUUUUGGCCGGCCACAUGCCCGCAAGCGUUUUCCACACUUGCCCAUUUCGUGUUUUACUACUAUGUCCAAAGCAGCGCGGCCGAACAACAAGAACUCACAGACUCUUUAAGACGGUGGUUAUGGGCCUUACGGGUCUUGGCCAACACUUGGCCAGAUGGCACUGGUUUGGCCACCCUUCGCAUGGAUGCUGUGUUUCACAUGGGCAAAACCAACGUCCAGAUACCACCCCCACCCCCGCAGUCUCAACCAAAGCCCCAGCCUCAGUCGUUACCGCAGCGCCAGCCUGAACUUCAACCCCGCCCAACAUUUUCACCAUCACCAGGGGGCUCGGACACUUCGCCUCUGAGCGCUCAGGGCUCCCUUCACGGGUCAGUUAACGGACACCCACCCCAUCCGGCUCAACCCCCACACCAGCACGCUCAAACGCUGUCGGAAAGAGCUAGCUUUUAUUCUCAGUCCGCGCCUACGCCUUUCUAUGAUAGUAUGCUUGAGCUAGACCCGCUGGUGAACCAUGAAAUCAUUCCCCUCGAAGACCAGCGGCCGGGCUUUGCCCACCAGGAGUACUACGAGACCCAAGAUCCAACAAUCUACGAGAACAUUAGUCUAGACGAUCUCGUCAAAGACAGCUUGCACGAUCUGCUCAUGAAGAACAUUUUCGACGAACACUAUCAAUAA